UCGUUGGUGCGCCUCCUGCCUUGGGAUGGUCUUUCCCGGAAGUGCCGCCAUCUUGCGAAACCGGCCUGAGGCGGAGGGAGCCGAGCGGGGCGCGGGCGGAUCCCCCGGGGCAGGCGCGAGGGCGGUGGCCGCCAGGAGGAGCCCGGGAAGGGCAAGGAAGGGAAGGCGCGCAGCCGACGGACAGUGAUCUAGCAUUAGUGGUUUGUGGUAAGCAGAGAAGUGAUGGCUGCUUUUAAGUUGGAUUUCCUCCCAGAAAUGAUGGUGGAUCAUUGCUCCUUGAAUGCCAGCCCUAUCUCAAAGAAAAUGAAUGGCACACUAGACCACCCUGACCAACCGGACAUUGAUGCCAUCAAGAUGUUUGUGGGCCAGGUCCCACGGAGUUGGUCUGAAAAAGAUCUGCGAGAUCUGUUUGAACAGUAUGGUGCUGUCUAUGAAAUAAAUGUCCUGCGGGACAGGAGCCAAAAUCCUCCUCAGAGCAAAGGAUGCUGUUUUGUUACAUUUUAUACCCGUAAAGCUGCACUAGAAGCACAGAAUGCUCUUCAUAACAUGAAGAUUCUCCCAGGGAUGCACCAUCCCAUCCAAAUGAAGCCAGCCGACAGUGAAAAGAAUAAUGCUGUGGAAGACAGAAAACUGUUCAUUGGGAUGAUAUCAAAGAAGUGCAAUGAAAAUGAUAUCAGAAUGAUGUUUUCCUCCUUUGGGCAGAUUGAAGAAUGCAGAAUUCUACGGGGUCCUGAUGGCCUAAGUCGAGGUUGUGCUUUUGUGACUUUUACAACAAGAGCUAUGGCACAAACAGCAAUCAAAGCAAUGCACCAAGCACAGACCAUGGAGGGAUGCUCUUCUCCCAUCGUAGUGAAAUUUGCAGAUACCCAAAAGGAUAAAGAACAGAAGCGAAUUGCACAGCAGCUCCAGCAGCAGAUGCAACAAAUCAGUGCUGCAUCAGUUUGGGGAAACUUGGCUGGACUGAACACACUUGGACCCCAGUACUUAGCACUUUAUUUACAGCUCCUUCAGCAGACAGCAGCUGCCUCCUCUGGAAAUCUGAACACACUGGGCAGCCUCCACCCAAUGGGAGGAUUGAAUGCAAUGCAGUUACAGAACCUAGCUGCAUUAGCAGCUGCAGCCAGCGCAGCUCAGAGCACGCCAAGUGGUACCACUGCACUCAAUUCUUCUAACAGCCCUCUAAGUGUGCUCACCAGUUCAGCAGGAUCAUCACCCAGUUCCAAUAGCAGCUCCUCUGUUAACCCAAUGGCUUCUCUUGGAGCACUACAAACACUGGCAGGGGCUACUGCAGGCCUCAACGUUGGCUCUUUAGCAGGAAUGGCAGCCUUAAACGGUGGACUAGGCAGUGGUGGUCUCUCAAAUGGCACAGGGAGCACUAUGGAGGCCCUAACUCAGGCUUACUCUGGGAUCCAGCAAUAUGCCGCUGCAGCUUUGCCCACACUUUACAACCAGAGUCUGUUAACGCAGCAGAGUAUUGGUGCAGCUGGAAGUCAAAAGGAAGGAUAUUUUCAAGGUCCAGAGGGAGCCAAUCUGUUCAUCUACCACCUCCCCCAGGAGUUUGGGGACCAAGAUUUGCUGCAGAUGUUCAUGCCUUUUGGGAAUGUUGUCUCCGCCAAGGUUUUCAUUGACAAGCAGACUAAUCUGAGCAAAUGUUUUGGUUUUGUAAGUUAUGACAAUCCAGUCUCUGCACAGGCUGCCAUCCAGUCAAUGAAUGGAUUUCAAAUUGGCAUGAAGCGACUGAAAGUACAGCUCAAGCGCUCUAAGAAUGACAGCAAGCCAUACUGAGCGCCCCUCCCCUCUGGAACUGGAGUGAGAAGGAUCUUCUGAUUCCUGCCGUUUGUUCAUCGUUGUGCCUAAAGCAUGUCGAUGUGGCGUUCAAGUACAUCGUCCAAAUCCUUGUCUCUUCAGCUUCUCUGAUGCUUGAACUCUCACCUUUGACCUUGUGUUGACUUUUUGAUGCUGAUGUGUAUUUUUAUUAUGUUUGUUUCUUUUCUUUUCUUUUUUUUCUUUUUUGUGCUGCCAAAUUGGUUUUGCUAGAAAGACUGCUGAAGGGGAAUAUUUAAACUUGCAUUUGAAUAUAAAAGAAUUCUAUUUUUCUAGAACUUCGUAAGAUAACCACUUGAUUUUGUGAUUCUGAUUCUUUGUAACUGUCUUCAGAGCAGCCUUGCUAGCAUACCUCGUGGAGUAUUGUAUUUCUGUGAACAUACAGCCAAUCACUUUCUAGGCUUAGUUUUUUCUGUGUGCUUAGUUUUAAAACAAAUCUUUGAAGGAAAAGGUAAAAUGAUGCGACUUUAAAAUUUUAGGAGGCUUCUGGUCACAUUUUGCUGAAUCUAUUUUCUGUGCUUGAGGAGACAGCAUGUAUUCUUUGACUUGAGUAGCCUCAGCAGAAAACACUUGAACUACACUUUCUCCUGAUUGUAGCUGCAUUUUUGCCCUGGCACUUACUGUUUUUUCCUUCCUGUGUGAUUAUCAGCCUUUGUCUGCAGUGAAAUUUAAUCAAAGUUGAUGUUGUAUUUUGUUAAACCCUAGCAUGCUUAGUUUUUUGUAACUACAGUAUCCUCAUUAAAAUGUGAGAUUUUGUUUUUUUUUUCUUUAAAAACUCAAAUAACGCCCUUGUAAACGUUUUGCAUGUUUCCUGCUGUGUUCUUCACAACCUUGUGUAUAUAAACACCCUUCACCUCUGUUUUCUAUAGUUUGUGCAAAAACUGAGUAAUUCAAUAGGUUUCAGAUCUAUCCUUUUUUGGAUGCCAGACUUGUGGUCAUAUGUCACGUAAUGACAUCUCCUGUGCAUUUAGACUGCUUUACACGAUAUCUGCACCUUGCUCUAUCAUCACAGCUAUUGAAAGGUCUCAGGGGGCUUGAUUGCACUGUUCAUGUGGUGGCGGCGGCAGGGAUAGAAGGAAAGGUGUGGGGUGUUUGCAGUAAUAUUGCUCCUAAGAUCCAUUGGAGCUAAAGCUCUUUUGGGGUAGCCUUAAUUUGUACCUCUUGUUUUAAUAUGUGGCUUGCUUUGUGAGGUUUGGCACCAUUAAAGCUCAGUGGAUGGAAGCUUGAUUGCUCUCCAGUCUUUACACUUGAAGUAUCACGUUCUGCAUAUCCCAUAGAAGGAAUCUGUAAGUUUAGGCACAGAACUGCUGACUCUUUCCCCAUGCGACAAGCACAAUAUAACAGCCUAAUAGCUGUUGCCUGAACAGGGUACCAACCCCGGCUCCUUUUCUCAGGGGCCUUAGCUGGGGGAUGAUCUCUACAGAGAUUUUUUUUUAAGUUCUUAAAUUGGGUAAGGAGUCAUGCAGUCUUUCUUUCUUUUUUUCUGGCCUGAUGAAGAAAUAGCACGGAUUAUCCUUCUCUGGGAAGCAUGCUUCAGCCUUCCUGCAUAAACAACCUACUGUAGAAGCUGAGACUUAGUACUGGGUUUCACAGCACCUGCAAGAAACUCCUGUGGUAGGUGCCUAAUCACAAGGGGCAAAGGGUUGGGGAAGCUAUAAAGGAACUUCAGACAGGAGAAAGGAAUGUGAGCAAAACUUCAUAGAGUAGGGAUGUAUGGGAGACCUGUCUCUAGGCCAUAUGGAGUGUUCUAGUCUUUAGGACAAAAAAAAUCCUGCUCCAUUGUUGGGUGGGUAAUAUUUCUCCAUGCUUGUUAGAUAAAUAUGCAUAGGUAGCUGUUCCCUCAACCUUGUGAUCGUCACCUUUUGAGGGUGAGAGUUGCUUGCAAAGAGAUGGCUGCAAUAUCUGGGUAUACACAGCUGUGAGAUAGUUGCUCUUGGGCUCACAGUCGCAAUGCACAGGGAUGUCUGAUGGCAGGGAAUGUGAGACCCUGCAGUGUAUUGAUUAAUUUUGCCAAUACAUUUCUUUACAAUGCGCAUAUAGUUUCAUGAGGAACUCUGGGGGAGCCUGUGGGGAAAAAAAUCUCUGGAGAAAACCAAAAUGCCAAACGUUGGAUGUUCCUUUUCUUCUUUCCUUUCUUUCUUUGGUUGUUUUAAUUAUUCUGUGGUGGUUUUAAUGAAUUUGAGACAGUAACGCAGCAGCUGCCUUUUAUUUCUGGCUGCUUUUUGUGAAUAAUUUAAAAAAGAAAAGAAAAUUUACAUUUUGGAAACAAACCUGUGGGCUUUUUUAUUGGUACACACAUUGUAUUUAACACUAGGGGUUUUGUACAGUUUUUUGCCUUUUCUACUAGAAAACAAUGUAAAGUGAUUCACAAAUGUGACAAGAAAACAAAUUGCCACUAUGACCAAAUGUAGAGUCUGUUCUGCAGUAACAGGAUUUAAUCAACUCAAAUUUGUGAUUCUGUUGUAGCAAUGCUUUUCUUUCCUUGUUUGAGCUGUUCCUUUUUUCUUGUUUGAUUUGCAAAAUGUCCUUUUUGUGUGAAAUUGUGUUGUACCCUGUAGAAAAUUAUGGCUUUUACUUUAAUGGUUUAAAAACAGAAGCACAUGUUGCUUUUCUGAUCACGGAGUUUGUGUAGUGGAUUUAAAAAUGAAAGUUUUGUUAAAGUUUGGAACAAGCGAGUAUGUAUUAAGGAAUUUUCUUCCUUUUGUGUGUGGUUUCUUUUUGUCCCACUGGGGAACCUAAUGCCGUUUUAAUUGCACAGACACACAGACAAGAAGUCAUUUUGUAUAUGCCAAGUGUGGUACCUCCCUUUGUUUAUUUGCUAUUAAACUGUUUGAGAAGAA